AAUAUGAUUGAGGGGCCCUAUUAGACAUAUCACAUAACUUAUCCUUCAUUAUUUGACAGGGCCCCAUCAAGACAACAGGGGUGGAUAACACAGUCUAAGGAGCUCUAAUAACUAGUGUUAUUUGGCUGAGAGGCCUCUUUCAGAUAUUAGGGGUGAAUAACAUACCACAUAGAAUAUGAUUGAGGGGCCCAAUUAAGAUAUACCACAUGACAUAACUAGUUAUGUGGCUUCAGUGCCCCACUGGAAUACUGGGAUACGCGUGGCUCACAGCUAAAAUAGACAACAGAGAAAAAAUCUGUUGAUAAUUAUGUUGACAUUCUACCCGGAAUAUUACAUUAAACUGAGAGCUGUCACAGUAAUUUUAAUGUUUAUAUAGGCUGAAUGUGAAUACGUGAAUAACAUGAAUAUUACAGUUAACUGUAUAACUAUUUUAGCAGCUGUAAUAAUUAUAUCACAUAAAGGCGAAAGCUUCCCUGUCCGUCUUAGUCAGAGAUAAAUCAGAAACAAAAGUCAUGAACAUAUUGGUGGACUUUUUCAGAAAUAUUGCAUGUCCUGCGAUUUGAAAAUUGUUGUAGGCUAUAUUGCGUUUCUGAUAAACUUUCAAUUAAUUGUUCACCACUAGUUUGAAGUGAUUAAUUUCAUGUGGUACAAGGGUGUGGUGCACCUGUAGUACUUGUAUGAAUAUAAGUAAUAAGUAGUGAUGAGGGCGAGUGGCUGUUGGAGGCACGUACUUGCUGUCUGUGAGGGUGAAGUGCACUGGAGGAGGAUAGAGUACCUGCCAGUACAGAGGGCUGUGGCAGAGCACUCUUUCAUUAAGGACUGACCCUGGCUAGCUCACGUAGGUGACCCCGAUGGUCACAUAUGACCUGCAGGAUGAUUUAUGGGAACAGUCUCCUGUUCUUGUAGCAUGGGACCAUCAGGGCCGCUUGGUGGCUUUAUCCUGACGUGGCAGCCGUUGAUAGCUUCAGCUGCUUUAACAAGAGCUAGGUGUUUAACCAGCCCUGUAAACCAAAAGGAUACACAGUCCACUUCUUCUAGGGGCCCCUCUGUGUCUCUGGGGACGAUGUGGUGGACAGUGGAGUGAGGCAUGUCGAAAACUCUGGAUAGUUGGGACUCUGGGGCCAGAACAGAAACACUCUUUGUCUCAGUUCUUGGUGGAGAAGGUCCUGAAGUACAAGGCUUUCUCUGCUCAGACAGAAAUCCACUCGUGUGUCCUCCUGGUUGAAGAACCUUUCCAGCACAGAAAUGCCCAUGUUGAUCCUACAGACUCUUAAUGACAUAAAUGAUACGAAAAUCUGUUGAUAUAUGUUUUUAAAUGCCUUUGUAAAAUACAUCUUUACAUUAAACUUCACAUGAAGUCCAUUGGGGGGCCACAAGUUUGGCACUUUCACUUUAUGGCCCCUAUGUUAAAAAAAGGCUACAUCCGCUACUGCUGACUCUGCUGCUCUGGUCGGACUUGAGUUGAUGAGAUUGAACACGAACAGUCUCAGAGUGAGCGGGUCCAUUUAACCAUGGAGACUCAGUGGAGGCGGGCAGCUGCAGCGGCGGCGGAAUAACGGAAAUGAACACGGGACACACAUAAACCGGACUAACGGACGAUGUGAAGACUGAACCAAAGCGGGACUGAACCUCCUCCUCUCCGGCUCUGAUGCCUCAGCGGGGCGAUGGCAGCGGCUACACGGCGCCGACAUCCCCUGCUCCGCCUGUCCCGCCGAGGAGGCUCAGAAGCCGGGACAGGGGCUCCGACAAGACUCGGGAGCCCGGGACAGUGGCGAGGACAGGGACAGUGGACAGGCGGGUGAAGUGUGUGUUCGUGGGGGACGGAGCUGUGGGGAAAACGAGCUUAGUGGUCAGUUACACCACCAACGGUUACCCCACCGAGUACGUGCCCACUGCCUUUGACAACUUCUCAGUGGUGGUGUCAGUGGACGGGCAGCCGGUCAAACUACAACUGUGUGACACAGCUGGACAGGACGAGUUUGAUAAGCUGCGUCCUUUGUGUUACACCAGCGCAGACGUGUUCCUGUUGUGCUUCAGUGUCGUCAAUCCCACCUCUUUCCAGAACGUUCCUGAGAAGUGGGUCCCAGAGAUCCGCAGAUGCGCCCCAUUUGCUCCCCUCAUCCUCGUCGGGACACAGUGUGACCUCAGAGAGGACGUCAAGGUUCUUAUUGAUCUGGCAAAGUAUCGAGAGCGGCCCGUGGACCCAGUGGACGCCUGGGACUGUGCGAUGGAGAUAGGCGCUGUGGCCUACAUGGAGUGCUCGUCUUUGACCCAAAAAAACCUCAAAGAAGUGUUUGACGCGGCCAUACUGGCCAGCCUGCAGAAGUAUAGUUCCCAAAAACAACAGAGGGGGAAACGAAAACGCAAAAAGCAAAGGCAGACACCGGACAAGAUGAAGAGUCUGUCAAAGUCUUGGUGGAAAAGGUACUGUUGUGUGGCCUAGAGCAGACCUGUGUUAUGAUUUGGUUUCUGCUGCUAGUUGGGUCCAAGUCUCUGAUCCUCUUCUGACUUUGGACUUAGCUGGGCUUGGGUUUCUGCCUGGACUCACAUCCAGUGUGUGUCUCCCUCGAGAGGGUCUUACUCUCAACGUGGAUGAGAUUUACUACUGAGCUGAGCGGGUUCUAGCAGAACCUGCUCUGAGAUUAAAGCAGUACCCCUGUGUCCUCUUGAUGGAUGUUGCACAUGAUGCCCUGCUGUGUCACUCUGAAGUUUGAAGGCCCUAAUGUAGUCAGGCUUUGGAGAAGGUGGUUGAGAUGCUGUUUUUGCAGUUUCUAGGAGCACAGACGGCAGAACUGGACUGAAAUAGAGGACAAACCUUAUCGUUAGACAACCAGAGACAAUAACUUCAUCGCUGGACAUGAGUCAACACUUAAUUAACACAUUUAGCCCAGAGUUAAUUUUAGGGCAGCUUUUUAGCUUUGGAGUGACUGUUGUUCCAGAGUAAAAAGUUACUUUUUGAAGUUGCUACUAAUUUUAUUCAGGGCACACGUGCUGCAAAACCUAAUCUAGACUAGACCGUUGUUAGAAACAGUGACACCUGAAAAAUACUGUACAAGCACAGAGGACACGCAACAAUCUGGCACUGUUAUGUUACGGCAUGGUGCGUCUUCACUCCUAAUGAUGAAUUAUGCAAUGUGACAUGGUUUGUCCAUGUAGAGUCUUAAUCACAUCACACCACAUGCUCUUUACAUGUUUGUUUGUUUGUGUAGGUUUGUAGUAAGAAGAUGAUUCAGGGUGCUUUAGAAUAAUUUGCUUCAUUUAUCGCAAUUCUAAGGUCUUAUUUGUACCACUCUGAUUUCACACGUUAAUACUACAGAAACACUCAUGUCAUGCUCUGCAGCCUGUUCUCUCUCACAUAAAUUCAGGUUUUCUGGGUUUUUUUUUUAUGUCGUCGAGCACAAAUAACAAAGCAAGCCAAAGCAGAAGAUGUGUGGAUGUUUAGCGCUCACCUGCCACACCUUCCUUUGUAUACUGUACUUACACUCACACGAGAACAAAACGCUAAUGAUUCAAAACUAUCUCUCCGCAGUGCCUUUAUCUGAAUGGCUCUUUGUGUGAAAGUCAGCAGUGUAUUGGACUGAAGCACAUCUGCUGUGGUUUAGUCCAUAUGCAAAACAAUCAUACUAUGGAGAACCUCAGAUUUAUGUACUGUGUGUGUAUAUAUAUAUAUAUGUAUAUAU